AUGAAUGAAGACAUGAAAAAUUUACUUAUACUGGACAAGUCUCUAGAAGUAAAGGAAGGUAAAGAAGAAUAUGAUGAUGAUGAAGAAAGUGAAGAAGAAGACAAUAAUGAUGAAGAAGGAGAGAAUUUCACGGUGAAAUGUUUCAGUGCCUCUAGCGGCAAGCAGAAAAUUAAAUACACGUACAGCUGGACUAAAAACAGAAUUCUCCUACCCAUCCAGACGGACAACGAGCAUUACGAGGUCCUGUAUCCGAUGGGUAGCAUCUUGCAAGUGAGCAGUAUCAAUAAAUCGACAACUUUUUCAUGUUUGGUACAAGACGAACUGGUGUCCUCGGAGAUGAGCAUAUCAGUGACGGUCGUCUACGGAGAAGAUCCAAUUCUCACUUGCCCGGGGGAAAGCCACUUGGACGUGCUGUGGCCGGAAACGGCACCGGGAACUGAAAGUUUGCAGGAAUGCCCCAGAGAACAUUCGGGUGUGGCGAGAAGGUUCUGCGGGAUUCGCGACACCGGAAGGCCCAUUUGGCAAAUGCCCGACUACAGCGACUGCACUCCGAUUGCUCUGCGAGAGGUCAUCACUCAG